GCUGCGCGCUGCACCCCCAGCGCGGCGCCACCUGCGGGGCCGGCAGGUGCCCCUGGAGCUACCCACAUACCCCCUCCAUCGUCCACUGCCUUGUCUCAGCCUCACCCCCCUGGGGCAGCGGCCGCCAUGUUCUCCUGCGUGAAGCCCUACGAGGACCAGAACUACUCAGCCCUGAAGCGGGCCUGUCUGCGCAGGAAGGUGCUCUUCGAGGACCCUAAUUUCCCAGCCACUGAUGACUCUCUGUACUAUAAGGGCACCCCAGGACCCAUGGUCAGAUGGAAGCGGCCCAAGGAUAUUUGCGAGGACCCCCGCCUCUUUGUGGAUGGCAUCAGCUCCCAUGACCUGCACCAGGGCCAGGUGGGCAACUGCUGGUUCGUGGCAGCGUGCUCAUCGCUUGCCUCCCGAGAGACGCUGUGGCAAAAGGUCAUCCCAGACUGGAAGGAGCAGGAGUGGGAUCCUGAGAAGCCCGAAGCCUAUGUAGGCAUCUUCCACUUCCACUUCUGGCGCUUCGGGGAGUGGGUGGACGUGGUCAUCGACGACCGGCUGCCCACGGUCAACAACCAGCUCAUCUACUGCCAUUCCAACUCUCGCAAUGAGUUCUGGUGUGCUCUGGUGGAGAAGGCCUAUGCCAAGCUGGCGGGUUGCUAUCAGGCCCUGGAUGGAGGCAACACAGCGGAUGCGCUGGUGGACUUCACAGGUGGCGUUUCUGAGCCCAUCGACCUGACUGAGGGUGACUUCGCCAAUGAUGAGGCCAAGAGGAACCAGCUCUUUGAACGAGUGUUAAAGGUGCACAGCCGGGGAGGCCUCAUCAGUGCCUCCAUCAAGGCAGUGACAGCGGCUGACAUGGAGGCCCGUCUGGCAUGUGGUCUGGUGAAGGGCCACGCGUAUGCCAUCACUGAUGUGCGCAAGGUGCGCCUGGGCCACGGCCUCUUGGCUUUCUUCAAGUCUGAGAAGCUGGACAUGAUCCGCCUGCGCAAUCCCUGGGGCGAGCGGGAGUGGAACGGGCCCUGGAGCGACACUUCUGAGGAGUGGCAGAAAGUGAGCAAGAGUGAGCGAGAGAAGAUGGGGGUGACAGUGCAGGAUGAUGGCGAAUUCUGGAUGACCUUCGAGGACGUGUGCCGAUACUUCACCGACAUCAUCAAGUGCCGCCUGAUGAACACGUCCUACCUGAGCAUCCACAAGACGUGGGAGGAGGCCCGGCUGCAUGGUGCCUGGACGCAACACGAGGACCCGCGGCAGAACCGCAGCGGGGGCUGCAUCAACCACAAGGACACCUUCUUCCAGAACCCACAGUACAUCUUUGAUGUCAAGAAGCCAGAAGAUGAAGUGCUGAUCUGCAUCCAGCAGCGGCCAAAACAGUCUACCCGUCGGGGGGGCAAAGGUGAAAACCUGGCCAUUGGCUUUGACAUCUACAAGGUGGAGGAGAACCGGCAGUACCGCAUGCACAGCCUGCAGCACAGGGUCGCCAGCUCCAUCUACAUCAACUCCCGCAGCGUCUUCCUGCGCACGGACCAGCCCGAGGGCCGCUACGUCAUCAUCCCCACCACCUUCGAGCCUGGCCACCCUGGCGAAUUCCUGCUCCGGGUCUUCACUGAUGUGCCCUCCAACUGCCGGGAGCUGCGCCUGGACGAGCCCCCCCGAACCUGCUGGAGCUCCCUAUGUGGCUACCCCCAGCUGGUCACCCAGGUCCAUGUCCUGGGGGCUGCUGGUCUCAAGGACUCCCCGACCGGGGCUAACUCUUAUGUGAUCAUCAAGUGUGAGGGAGACAAAGUCCGCUCGGCUGUGCAAAAAGGCUCCUCAACACCUGAGUACAACGUGAAGGGCGUCUUCUACCGCAAGAAGCCAGGCCAGCCCAUCACUGUGCAGAUCUGGAACCACCGAGUCCUGAAGGAUGAGUUUCUGGGCCAGGUGCACCUGAAAGCUGACCCGGAUGACCUCCAGGCUCUCCACACCCUCCACCUCCAAGACCGCAGCCGGCAGCCCAGUGACCUGCCUGGCACUGUUGGUGUGCAUGUCCUCAGCAGCGCCUCCCUCACAGCUAUCUGAUGCCUGCCUGCCGCCGGGGCCCACAGUUCUCACCACCAUCUGUGUCCCCACCCGGGCUGGCUAGAGACUAAUCUGGAAGCCAGGACACCAGGGUCCUGUUCCCAGCUCCUCUGCUGACUUGCCGUGUGACCUUGGGAGGUCUCUACACCUCCCUGGGCCUCAGCGUCCCAAGGACAUUCCCUUCUCAUGGAGGAGUUUUCUAACCUGAGAUUUAAAAUAGCCCGCCCCACCCCAGCUGUCUCCACUGCUAAGGGACUCUAUCCCUGAAACGUUUUCCCAAGGCCCUGCUGUCUGCUGACCAUGUGCCAAGGAGAUGUCACUUGUUUACACACAAACUGCCACAUUCCCAAGCCCACUUUUCCCCUCCGAUCUUGGGCUGCCCCGGGCCGCAGACCUUGCUUUUUCUGUCAGGUAAAGACCCGAUUUCUAACCACCCUGAUAGGACUCCUUGCUCUUCCUGGGCUCCUGCUCAGCCUGGAAUUUCUCUGCACAUUCUCUAACCCUGUGCUUUUAUUUAUCUGACAGAUUUGCCAAAUAAAUAAACAAUGCCCACAGACCCCAGGUGGAGUUGACCCUCCUCAUCCCCCAGGCCUCACCUCUGCACCCCGGUCUCAUCAGAGGCCGAUGCCUGGAGGGUGCAGCUGCCUUCUCCCAGCCUCUGAGGCCAUUCCCAGCCCCUGGCUUAAGGCCUCUGCAGAGGUGGGGACAGUGGUGGUGAGGAAGGACAUCUUCAUGCCCCCACCACCCAGAAGCUAGGAGUGUGUCCUGCUGAGCGGGUAGAGGGGCGUGCUCCAGCCUCCCCUCUGCUGCAAGACCUGGGCUUUUCCUGGUUGAACUGACGCUGAGGUGCUGGUCUCAGAUUCACCAGUGCCGGGUUCCCCAUUGGCCUUGGCCAGGGGUAGGUAAAUCCAUCACUCCACCCGAGGUCCCUCCACCAAUACUCCGCCCAAAAUGCAGCCCAGGAGGCCCCAGGCCUCUUCUGCCCAGAUUGGAACGUUCCCUUCAACCCUCAGCGUUUUCUAGUCUCUGUUUUAAAACACAGUUGGUUUUUACAGCAAAACUGAAAGGCUGAACCCCCAUUUUUUUCUUCUUAAACUGCCAUUCUGUGGUUCUUUGGUUUUAUUUGGAUUCUGCUUGAGGUGGGAGAAGCCAUACUCCUCAGAGGAGAGUGAAGACAAGGGUGCUUUGCAGGCGGGCUCGGACCCUUGUUCUUGGCGUGUCGGUGCCUCCCCCGCCGGGGGUCCUUCUGUGCCCAUGUCAGCUCCGGGCCAGGCGGCAUCAGUGAAAAAAACCACUUGGUUCAAGAACAGGAAUUCCUUUUGGGGACCUGAAUUUUCAGCUUCAAAUGUGACUCCUGGGUGGAGAUUUUGGAUUCUUGACUUUGCCUCUUCACUCCGGGGCCAGCUCUGCUCCGCGUGGCCCUGGGGCCCCCGGAGAACAAGAGGGCUCUUACCGAAAAUCUGGAACUUCCCCUUGAGAACCUGGGCCUGGGGCUGGGACUCUGUGCAUGACCAGGAGCAAGUCACUUAAACCUCCUGUGCCUCAAUUUCCCCCUCUUGCAAAGCGGGGUAAUGUUUCUCACGUGUUGGCACUCUUAGUAACCAGUGCUGACAAGGGCAAAAUAAUACCCUUUCUCUGUAUCUCUGUGUAUGCGCCGUAUACGCUCAUGUAAGCACCACUUUGCAAUGUUGAUUUCUAUGAAGACUCUUGAGACCGGCCAGCGAGGGCUGGAUAAGCUGGCCUGGGGCCUCUGGGCUGUCAUGUGGGCUCUUCCGUAGCCGUGUCCAUCAGGGCUACGGAGCGAACUGUGACAGACCGGCCAGCAGGCCUGUGUGGGCGUCAGCCUGGAAGCUGGAUACUGCUCCCCCCCAAACAGACCUGGCUCGGCAGCCCUUGCGUAUGUGCUCUGGGUGGGCCAGGCUGGCUCCUGGCUGUGCAGAGAUCCUGGUCCUCCGAAGGCCCUGGAGACUGGGAAGGUGAAGAUGGAGUUUUUUCAAGCUCUGACUGGAAGGGGUUUUGGGGGGGGAGGUGGGCAUUUGCUCUGGUGGCUGGAUGCACCCUACAGCCUACAGGGGCAUCCAGGUCUCCAUCGGCAAAGGGCAGGGCCUUUGGUCCACACUGCCCUGACCUGGGCUUCAUUCCCUUUGGGGUUCACCACAAUAUCGGUGCCAGGGAGUAGAAAUCUCCAUUCUCAAAAUAAACAUUACCACAAUCCCAGAAAGAUCGUCCUGUGUUUG